AUGAAUACUCUAACCCCUCUGGAUGAGACAUCCUGCCCAACAAGAAGCACUUAUAUUAAUGCUGCUUUUGAUCAUGCUAAUACAAAGACUGUUUUUGGAUCGGUAAAUAAGGAUGGAAAAGCGAGAGUGUUACAUCCUUACCAAAUCCAGCCACUUGACAUGUAUUUCGACAUUAACGAUAUUAAUGAAUAUUUUUCACACCCAAAUUCUUCAAGAGCAAUGUUGGCAGAAGAACUUGAGGAAGAAUCUAGAAGAUACAAGAAUUCCUCUCUAAAUUUUAAGAAUAAUUUCCAUAAGAUAUCUAACUUUGAAGAGAUGAAUAAGAUGUGCCACAGGAAGUUCAGUGCUGGCUCUACUUUCAAAAGAACUCAAUCAAACCAAAGUCUCGAAAGCAGGUUAAAUAUCAGAAAUCACCACACAACAUCAGAACCGAGCACACCUGGAGAUUUAGAACGAAACAUCCAAACAGCUGGGGAUGGGCUAAAUCCUGAUCUCCAAUAUAUCCCAUUCCGUGAAAUAAAUGUCUUUCUGGAUGGCACAGUAAUUGAGUGAGGUGGAUACCAUAAAAUAGUCAUGGAGAUACCUAACAAUGUAACAAAUCGCAAUCUCAAAUUCCAAGAUGUAGAGGAGUAUAAUAAAGAAGUUACUAAAAAUGAGGAAGACUUACAAAUUUUUAUGAAUGAAAUCACAAAGAGAUUUAAACAGAGCAAGCCACUCAAUAACUUGUUCCUUAAAGACGGUACUCUAAUUAAUAAUUUAAACGACAUCCCAGCAUCUGAAAAUAUUUUGUUCGCAUCUAGGAGCCCCUUCUUCAAAGGCUUCAGGAAGGUAGUUACCAGGCAGAAGAGAAGAGGUGUGAAAGGACUCAAACCUGGGAUGCCCCAGACUUGCCACUCAGAAGCUGUCUUAAAUCCUGAUAAACAAAUAAAAGUAGCGAAAAUUUAUAAGAAAGUUCUUAACGAGCAACGCAAAAUUGAGAGGCUUCAAAGAAGAGAAAUUGAAAAACAAGUUGAAGAAAAGAAGAAGGAUAUGGCAAUGUCUUUAGUAAAAUAACGCAAGAAAUGGAGGUCCCGUUGGAAACCCUCUUACAGAGGGAGGACAAGAUGUAUCCUCAUACCAAAAAGAAAUACAAACCGGCAAAAAUGCAAAUAUUGUUGGAAGAAGGAUUCACAAUGAAAUGGGAGCAGAUAACUCUAAUAGAUCAUCCAAUUGUUCUGAUUUAUCAUACCAUUCUUCAAGUAUUGACGAGAAUGAGUUAUAUUCUGAGGUCCAGAAGAAUUUUUCCUCACAGAAUGAAUUCACACAUCUAAUGAACAGAUACUUGAAUAACCAUCCAAAUCUUCAGAAGAUUGUUGAGAAGAAGGCUCAGAAAGUCUUAAAAAGUAUCCAUGAUGAUCACCACAUGCAAAAAUAGACCUCCAUGAUUUUCUGCCGAUCGGAUAAUCAGGAUUAACAAAGUUGUACCGAUCAAGACUGAAUCACUCCAGAAUGCUCAACAACUUAUCAGAGAGCAUAAGAGUCCUGAGCAUAUACAUAAGUUAAAACGUGGGUCAAUAAUUACUGAAAAUCCCUACACCGUGAAUUUGGACUCGAAGAUGGCUCAAAGUUAUUCCAGAAUUCCUUCCAAACGUCAAAUAAUAAGAAAAAGGAAUUUUAAAAAUUCAAAUUUGAUAGCAUACUCUCAUAACAGUUGCAAUAGCCCUAUAUAAGAGCAAAGACAGUGUGCUCGUUACCUUCUUCGCCUUCUAGCUUUCUGCCAAAGACUCGGAAUCCAAUGAAGCUGCAUUCUAAGUUAAAAGCCCAACAUUUUAAAGUGAAGCGUAUGAAAGAGAAAGGAGCUCAUUUGAGCAAAGAGCUGAAGGAACACCACAAUAGAGCUAUUAAGAGCGCGGCUCUUAAGAAUGAGUAUGAUGGGCUAAAUGAAAGGAUACAGCAAAUAGAGAAAGUAAACGAAGCUACUCAAGAGGAAUACAAACAACUUGACAAAGAUUUAGACCAAGUUAGAGACUUUGUCAAAGUAAAAAAUGAUAUGCUUAAUAUGAACGAACAACUCUUUCUCAGCAGAAGGGAGUGCAAAAUCCUCGAGAGAGAAUGGAACCUGGCUUAUCACUUGAUGAAUCUUAAAGACGACAAAUACAAGGUAUAUUUAGACCGCAAAAGGAAGAAGGAAGAACAAAAGAGAAAGUCUAAGGUAAAGGUCGAUGAAUACACUCUCAAGCUCAGGGAAAGAGAGAAACAAAGAAAAUUAGAGAAAUACUACAAAGAAAUGGACAUUCUGUUGAAGGAGCAUAAGAAGGAUCUUAAAAGUCAGUCAAGAAAUAAGUAUAAAUGGUUCCAGCAGUCUGUAAAGAGCGUGACCAAUACUCAGCAUGAAAAAGAUGAGCAUAACAAUAUUGAUUAUCUAGAAGCAGUAAAAUCUGGAAUGAGCUUGAAGAACAGCACAAGCACUCUGAUUCAGAGAAAAGCUUCUCUAAACUCACCCAAAUAUCAGAAAGAGGAAGAUAAGCGAUUGGUUCAGGAAUACAUUUGUAAAAAGAAAGCUCUUGACUAUAUAAAAGCGAAUAGAUCCAAAGUGUUCAGUGCAUCUAAGAAAAGGAGCAGAAUCUUCAAGCCUCCAGAGAAGAAGGAGACCAAGCCAAUACUGGUUGCGAACAAGAGUCUCUCUGCUUCCAUCAGCGAGGAUACUUUUGACGAGAAGGAAGAGAAGCAGAUCCAAAAGAACUUUGUGAGUAUGAAUAAAGACCUGAACAAAAAUUUGAUCACUGUAAAGAAGGUGGAUGAAGAAUAUGGUGUGCCGUCCACACUAAAUCUAGAAGCCUUGGUAGAGAAGCAUGGGUUCACACGGGAAGAAAUCCUGAAGUUCUACGUCCUAUACAAAUCUCUGUGUAAACUUACCGUCUCUUACACACAUGACACAGAAGUUAGAGGAGUCUGCUUUGAUGUGUUCAUUAAUGGCAUCAGUGAACUUUCCCUUGAGAACAAGGAUCUAGUCAAGAGAAUUUUUGAUAAAGCCAAUGUAAACAAGAAGUUAAUCCCAAAGAACAACAAAAAUAAGGCUUGCAACGCAUACCUUGACUGGGAAGAAUUCUUAAUCUGCAUGAAGACCAUCUUCACAGAUGAUUUAGAGCUCAAGAUCGAACUCUUCUUUGACAUCGUUGAUAGUGACGGAAAUGGCUUUUUAGAUAAGAAAGAAAUCAAAGAAAUCUGAGAACUUUCCUUGUUUGAAGCAUCUAACGGAUCUCAGACAAGAGAGGAAGUAGCUAAUUAUUUUACUACUUUCUUAUUCAAAAUUUUUAACCUGAACGAAGAUGAGGAUGAAAUUCCCUUAUCCAUGAUAAGAAAUGAGAUUUUUAAGCCAGAUAGCCCUCACAAAUAUCUCCUAUGAAUGUUCUGAAAUGCAGAGAGCAUCAUUAGCAUUAAGAAAUCGAAAAAGCGUUCUCAAAAAUAGAGAUGCCAUCCAAUAAUCUUUCAAGCACAAAGUUUUCAAUA